AUGAAGCUGUUCAUUGCUUAUGAACUCGUAGCUUGUCUUAUCCAAGAUCCCAAAAGCAAAAAGACGAGACCCCGAAAUUACCUAGAGGUCCUGGAAGGCCGCGUCGCCAGCCUUGAGGGCCGUGACGACAGAUCCUCUUCAGGCACGACACAAUCUCCACUGGGCCCCGUAGAUGGAAGCACCCCGUCAACUCAACUGACGCCAGACAAGGGCGAAGGAACCAGCGACUUGUCAUCUAGAGUGGGCAUGUUGGACUUUCGGACGACACAGAUGGAACCCCAGUAUCUCGGCUCAUCGUCUGCGUUUGCGUUUUCUCGCAUCAUCAACUUUUCUCUCAGUCGAGACCUGCCCAGUGAACCUACACUGGCUAGCCUCAGCAAUAGGCAUGCAUCGCCGCCGUCUCCCUGCCUCUUGCCAGAUUACGAGGUCGCUCUGACGCUUAGCAAUGCCUAUUUCAAGCAUAUCCACCCACAGUAUCCUUUUCUGCAUGAACCGACCUUUAGAGCUUGGGAGGCAAGACACUAUGGUUCAUCUCAUGACGUGACCGAAAUAGGAUUUUCUUCGUCGCCAUUGUUCUUCCUUAAUAUGGUGUACGCCGUUGCAUCUCUUCUCUUGCCGAACACUCAGUCUCUGGCCGAGCAAUUGUACAUGUCCGCCCAGCUCUUUACCGACAUAUUAUCCAAGGACAACCUCGAGUCCAUUCAAGCCCUACUAUGUUAUGCUAUGUAUUCUCUUCGCUCGAUGGACGGACCAUCCCUCUGGAAGCUAUCCGGCCUUGCACUUCGUCAAUGCAUCGAACUGGGCUAUCACCGAGGCAUCAAGCGUCUUGCACCCACCGCAAACCCACUUCAACAAGAAAUGCGCAGAAGAGUCUUCUGGGUUGCGAAUGGAAUUGACUGCACCGUGGCCUUGAGGCUGGGACGGCCGCUGGGUAUCCCAAUUCAGGAGAUCGAUGCCGAGUAUCCGUCAGAUGUUGACGACUCUGCCAUAACUGAAGCUGGCAUCACCAGUCCGCCUCGAACUCACCACAGCCAACCAGCGACAACAAUGUCCACUGCCAUCCACGUGUUCAAACUACGACAUAUCUGGGCCCAAAUACACACCUCGCUGUUUUCAGGCGCCUCACGCCCAGAUGUCGAACAUGGUGCCUGCCAUCCACGCAUCAGAGAGUUACGGGCAGACUUGGACACCUGGCUGGCUGAAGCUCCACCUUCACGGCCAAGGCAAGAUGAUGAUCUGUCCAUCUUCUCUAUAAGCAAUUGGUAUGAACUUAACUACAGCUACACCAUGAUGCUCUUGUAUAGGGGCCAAUUAGCAGAGUAUAAAGAUUCAAACAGACAGGUUUUUGAGGAGUGUAUCCAGGCUUCCAGGAACAUCUGUCAAUCUUACCGUCGGCUCUAUAUAGGGACAGCAGUUAGAUAUACGUGGGGGACCCUUCACUGUCUUUUCUUAUCUGGUUUGACAUACUUGCAUUGUCUGUGGACGUAUCCUACAGUCUUGGAGUCUGUCCGCCCGGAGGAUGUCAGCAAAACAUGCACCGACUGCACAAUGGUGUUGGUGGCGAUUGCUGAGGGUUGGCAAAGUGCGGCGCCUUACCGCGAUACCUUUGAAGCCCUUGCAAAUCGUACUAUCGCCAUGGUGAUCAACAAGAGUCGCUCAGCCCCAAGCCCGGCUCCCCCGUUAGGCGGGGUUGAGAUUGAGGAUGAUGACAACUGGAGUCAUUGGUUAACUGACAUGGCGGAAGCUGGAGUGUUGGAUGGAGUUGAUGGGCUGUUGGCAGGAUUUAUAAGUGAUUUUGCGACGCACCCAGACUAUUGA